AUGUUUGCCAGAUCAGCCACCCAUGCUGUCCGCCAAUUGCGUGCUGCUCCUCUCUGUAACAGCCUCCAUCUAGCCCCUCAACACAUGGCCCAAGCCCGUAUGGCCGGCUCUCCGUUGGCUUUGGCCUUCCACAGACUUGCUUCUACCACCGUUAAGGUUCCUGAGAUGGCGGAGUCCAUUACCGAGGGUACCUUGUCUUCUUACAACAAGGAGGUCGGUGACUACGUCGAGCUCGAUGAGCUUCUUGCUACUGUCGAGACUGACAAGAUUGACGUUGAGGUCAACUCCCCUGUUGCUGGUACCGUCACUGAGUUGUUGGCUGCCGUAGAGGACACCGUUGAGGUUGGCCAAGACUUGGUCAAGAUCGAGGAGGGUUCUGCCCCAGAGGGCGGUGCUGCCAAGAAGGAGACUCCUAAGGAGGAGAAGAAGGAGGAGAAGAAAGAAGAGAAGAAGGAGGAACAAAAGGAGGUGAAGAAGGAGGAGGCUCCAAAGAAGGAAGCCCCAAAGAAGGAGGCUCCUAAGAAGGAGGCUUCUUCCUCUUCCAGCGAGUCUACCGGCUCUUUCACCGCUUUCUCCCGUUCCGAGGAGAGAGUCAAGAUGAACAGAAUGCGUUUGAGAAUUGCUGAGCGUCUUAAGGAGUCCCAGAACACUGCUGCCUCUUUGACCACCUUCAACGAGGUUGACAUGACCAACUUGAUGGAGAUGCGUAAGUUGUACAAGGACGAGGUCUUGGACAAGACCGGUGUCAAGUUCGGUUUCAUGGGUGCUUUCUCCAAGGCCGCUUCUUUGGCUUCUAAGGAGAUCCCAGCUGUCAACGCCUCCAUUGAGAACAACGACACCAUGGUUUUCCGUGACUACAUGGAUAUCUCCAUCGCCGUUGCCACUCCUAAGGGUUUGGUCACUCCAGUUGUUCGUAACGCUGAGUCCUUGUCUAUCUUGGGCGUUGAACAGGAGAUUGCCAAGUUGAGUAAAAAGGCUCGUGACGGUAAGUUGUCCUUGGAGGACAUGGCCGGUGGUACUUUCACCAUUUCUAACGGUGGUGUCUUCGGUUCUUUGUACGGAACCCCAAUCAUCAACAUGCCACAAACCGCUGUCUUGGGUCUCCAUGGUGUCAAGCAAAGACCUGUCACUGUGAACGGUCAAAUUGUUUCUAGACCAAUGAUGUACCUUGCAUUGACCUAUGACCACAGAGUCUUGGAUGGUCGUGAGGCUGUUACCUUCUUGAAGACCAUCAAGGAGCUCAUCGAGGACCCACGUAAGAUGUUGUUGUCUUUGUAA